AUGUUAUAGAAGAGAUGGGCUUAUAAGAAUAGUAUUUUAUUGUUAUCCGCUUAGGGUGCAGCGGGAUUUUACACAGAGCAUUAAAGAAGAUGGGCUUAUAAGAAUAGUAUUACGUCGUCAUCCCCAUAGGGUGCUGCAGGAUUUUAUACAGAGAAUUAAACAAGAUGAGCCUCCAAAAACAGAUGGACCCGAGAGACCCUCAUUUUAUAAGAACAAAUUUAUGAAAGCUUCAAAGAGUAUUUUUUGCUGUUAUACCCGCAGCUCUGAUAUCUUGGAUAAAUUACCAAUACAGGAGACGAGUCCAGAUCCAUUGGAUAUUAUCUAUGACAACUGUCCGGUAGAAGGUGAGCCCCGAAAAUGCAUUAACAAUGAACCCAAACAGUUUACUAUGUUUGUCAAAUACAUGGGUGAUCGGACCAGUGUCAUAAAAGAUAAGCCUCCAAAAACAGAUGGACCCGAGAGACCCUCAUUUUAUAACAAAUUUAUGAAAGCUUCAAAGAGUAUUUUUUGCUGUUAUACCCGCAGCUCUGAUAUCUUGGAUAAAUUACCAAUACAGGAGACGAGUCCAGAUCCAUUGGAUAUUAUCUAUGACAACUGUCCGGUAGAAGGUGAGCCCCGAAAAUGCAUUAACAAUGAACCCAAACAGUUUACUAUGUUUGUCAAAUACAUGGGUGAUCGGACCAGUGUCAUAAAAGAUGAGCCUCCAAAAACAGAUGGACCCGAGAGACCCUCAUUUUAUAAGAACAAAUUUAUGAAAGCUUCAAAGAGUAUUUUUUGCUGUUAUACCCGCAGCUCUGAUAUCUUGGAUAAAUUACCAAUACAGGAGACGAGUCCAGAUCCAUUGGAUAUUAUCUAUGACAACUGUCCGGUAGAAGGUGAGCCCCGAAAAUGCAUUAACAAUGAACCCAAACAGUUUACUAUGUUUGUCAAAUACAUGGGUGAUCGGACCAGUGUCAUAAAAGAUGAGCCUCCAAAAACAGAUGGACCCGAGAGACCCUCAUUUUAUAACAAAUUUAUGAAAGCUUUAAAGAGUAUUUUUUGCUGUUAUACCCGCAGCUCUGAUAAAAAAGGGGAAAAAGAUUCAGAAUAUUUGAUUAUAAAGAAGAUUCCUGUUGGAGUCGGGGCGAAUAUUGACUUUCCUGAUAUCUUGGAUAAAUUACCAAUACAGGAGACGAGUCCAGAUCCAUUGGAUAUUAUCUAUGACAACUGUCCGGUAGAAGAUGAACCCAAACAGUUUACUAUGUUUGUCAAAUACAUGGGUGAUCGGACCAGUGUCAUAAAAGAUAAGCCUCCAAAAACAGAUGGACCCGAGAGACCCUCAUUUUAUAAGAACAAAUUUAUGAAAGAUAAAAAAGGGGAAAAAGAUUCAGAAUAUUUGAUUAUAAAGAUUCCUGUUGGAGUCGGGGCGAAUAUUGACUUUCCUGAUGAAUUGUUAAGUGUUCCUAUCCAGGAGACCGGUUACAUCGAGGAGCCCGGGGAGCAAGAUCUGAGCUCAGACACGUCAGGAGUGACCCUAUAGAAAGCAACGAUCACGUGGUCACCCGGGUGUAUAUCACUCGGGUAUCACAUUGUGUAGGGUUCUUCAUCUCUGUGCAGCCAGAUUAAUUAAUAAAUUUUAUUGGAGUUAUAACUAA